AUGCAAAGAAGCUAAAACGAUGAUGAUAAACCUCUGAUUCCAUUACCUUAAGCAACAGAAUAAAAGAGACAAGAGAAAUUGGCAUACGAAAAGCAAAUGGCCAGAAUUACCUUGUUGAAAUAGACCCAAUAGAAAAACUUGCAUCUAGUAUCAUAUAAAUUGAUGUAGACAGGCUAAAUUAUACGAGAUGGCUGCAGACAAGAUUGAAAAUGGAUAAUCAGUGAAGAAACAGUUACGAAAUCUGGCUGAGGAAGCGCGCUUAUUGAAGGAAGAGGAUAUGAAGAAAAGAAAACAUCAAAUCAAAUAGAUAAAGAGACAUGAAGAAGAGUUUAUUUUGAAACGAGUUGCUAAAUAGAAGAUUGGGUAUGCGUGGUGAGUGUAAUUAGCGAUUCCAUGAAGUAAUCCUAAGUAAAGGAGUAUAAGAGUGCCAUCAAAUUGACUAUAUCAAGAACAAGAGAUUGUAUUCUUCAAGAGAAUCAAAAGAUUCGAGAGACUCUCUAUUAAGAGGAAAAGAGAAGGAAGGAAAGAAAGGAGGAAGCCAAAAAAUUAGAUGAAAUGAAAUCGCAACAAUUCUAUAAGGAAAGAGUUUCGUAUGAAAAAAUGAUCGAAGAGAUGUUAAAGAAAUCAAGAGAAAAGCUCUUUUAAGAUGAGUAAAUGCUGCAAAGUCGUUUAUAGGUAACAAUUAUUGUAUAAUGCUAUUAGGAAACUUAAAAUUUACUAAGCAAAUCUUAAAAGAAAUUCAUGGAACUUCAAUCCCAAAGCGUACACAGCAAACGUUGAAUAGAU